AGAAGAGAACGAGCCCGACGACGCCCCCCCGACCGUGCUCCUGCUCCGCCGGUACGAUCGGGCGCGUGCUCACUCCCCUGCCCUGCCGCCUUCGCCCUCGCGCUCGCGGACGGGCGGGCCCCACGGUCUCCCCUGCCCCUGGCAUGCUCCCCCAGCUAUAUAAAGCGCGAGCGCCACGCGUUCCCAGCACCCACCACCUCCAGUUCGCUUCGCAGUCCUCGAUCGUCCUCUGCUCCGAUCGGUUGGUUCGUCGCCAGGAGGUACGGCUCGUCGCGGCCCAGCUCAAUUUAAUGGCGGAUUCGCUGCAUUCCUGGUCGUAGCUGCUGCAACUGCAUUAGGUGUGGUGUGGCUUCAGAGUUGUGUUGAGAUGGAACCAAGUACUCGUUUAGUUCCUCACAUUUUUCUCAUUUUUUUCUUCGUACCGUGUCUUAUGGUUGUUUCGAGUUCGUCCGAGGUCAGUGGUGAUUCAGCCAGUACGGCGCGGGCAAGUCAAAAUUGGAGUCGUUCAGUUGGCAGCUUGCUGAGUUUUUGGCCUCUGGCCUUUCUAAUCUUCUGCCGAUCAGAAGAACACCAGUUGGUGUUCAAUAGAAGAUCUUGCACGCGAUUUUCUUGUGACAUUUCGGUCUGGUUUCUUCACCAGCUGUCUGCGCCUUGGAAGCCGCCGCCAUGCAGGAAGCUCUCCUCUCCCCGGGCAAUGCCGGCAGCCUCCGCUCGGCCUUGGAGCUCAAGCCGUUCGCCUUCGGGGACCAGCGCCUCGCCUCGCCGCGCUACCUCAACCUCGCCUGCGGCGGCGGCGGCGACGAUGCCGUCGACGCGCUGUUCCGCUGCUCCUCCCCCUUCAGCCCCAGCUUCGGCUUCUCCUCGCCGUCGCCGCUCGCAGCCUCCUCGUCCGUCUCGCUCUCGCCGUCCUCGUCGGCCUCCCUCGUCGACGACUGCGACGACGCCGCGGCCGACGCCGCCACGGGCCACCGCCUCCAGCUCGCGCGCCUCGCGCUGCAGUACCAGGAGGCGGCCGACCGCUACGAGCUCUGCCUCGCCCGCCUCGCCGAGGCCGCCGACGAGGCCGCGGCGCUCCGCCGCGAGAACGCCGAGCUCCGCGCCGCCAACGGCGACCUCACGCGCCGCCUCGCGCUGCUCAGGGACAUCGGCAAGCAGGCCGCCGCCGCCGCCAUCGCCGACGAGGUCCGCCGGCUCCGCUUUGUCGACCAGAAGGCCGCCAAGGAGCGGCCGCCCGAGAAGCUCGCCGUGCUGCCCAAGAGCAUCUCCGUGCGCUCCAACGAGUACCUCAAGAUGAAACUGCCCAACCAGGCCCCCGCCACGCCGGCCGCCAACAACAGCAAGCCUCGCGCGGCGAACGCUACCAAACCCAGCUCGCAGCGCGCGUACAUGGGCGACGGCGGCGGCAGGAAAGGCGAGGAGGCCACCAAGGAGGCUGGCGGCACGGAGCUGGAGGUGUGCAACCAGGGCAUGUUCAAGACGGAGCUGUGCAACAAGUGGGAGGAGACGGGGGCGUGCCCCUACGGCGAGCAGUGCCAGUUCGCGCACGGCGUCGCCGAGCUCCGCCCCGUCAUCCGCCACCCGCGCUACAAGACCCAGGUCUGCCGCAUGGUGCUCGCCGGCGAGGUCUGCCCGUACGGCCACCGAUGCCACUUCCGCCACUCGCUCACCCAGGCCGAGCGCCUCCUCCUCCCGCGCCCUUAGCAAGCAGAGGCACGGAACCGUUCGGUUUUGCUUCAUCUCAAGUCAACAAGUGGAGUAUAUAAUUCACACGAAAAUGCACAAAAAAAUGCAAACAUCGUAAAUAAGAUAUAUACACGUAUACAGGUAAUAUACUUAUAAAAGAGCAUAAAAGGAAACCUGAUCGUAGAAUUAGUUUUAAGGAAAUGUGAAUAUUCAUACACAAAAUUAGCUUCAUCGUAAGUCAGCGUGGGUUCUCGGGGACUUCAACUGUGUCUUCUGUUCAUGUAAUCUAUUUUUUUGGUGUAUUUGUUAGGUGAUAGCUGCCCAUUUUCUUCGAUGCAAUGGGCCAGGGCUUGAUACAAUAAACUCAGUAGAACUCAUUCAUCGUCCUGAAUGCUUGAAUGUGACGCAAGGAAAUGCGGGGGGAAGUGAAACCCGCCAUUUUUGUCUGUAUAUGAUGAGUUUUUGAUCUUGUGCAGAGGCUCUUUCCAUUGUGAUGGCAAGUUUUGCA